UCGGUCUGUACUCAACACUAUCCGUUCAUUUGUCCUAAAAGAAACAUUUAUGUAGAGAACAACGCAGGGGGACACCGACUCGCCUUUCCCCAAACUCCGCCCUCUCAUUUGUCAAGAAACACUCACUCCAAACUCGACGUGUACAGAAAAAAAAGAAGAGGGAGAAAUUCCACACCACAGCCGUGUCUGUGUGAAUUUCUCGUUCAUCUAAGGCAAGCAGGACUAAGUUUCGACUAGCACCAAUAAUGCUGGACCCGUCUUCCAGCGACGAAUCGGGCGAAGAAGACGAUCUGCGUGAGGCUUCGACCGCCGUCAGCGCACAGAGAUCUGCGCCCGCUCAAGGGCGAGAUUCACGGGAUGAAAAGCGAUCAGGUGCCGCCCGACAGCAACCUUCUAGCCCUAGUCCCACUGUCACCAGCGAGAAGGAUAAAAAUGAGCAAGAAAGACUACAGAAAGAGGAAGCGGAGAGGAAAAUCAGACUGCAGAUAUACGUGUUCGUUCUGAGGUGCAUAGCGUACCCUUUUAACGCUAAACAGCCCACUGACAUGGCACGCAGGCAGCAGAAGCUCAACCGGCAGCAGCUGCAGGGAGUGAAGGAGCGCUUCCAGGCCUUCCUGAACGGAGAGACACAGAUUGUGGCAGACGAAGCUUUCUGCAACGCCGUCCGAAGCUACUACGAAGGCUUCCUCAAAAGCGAGCGUGUGGCCCGGAUGGUGCAAAGCGGGGGCUGCUCCGCCUACGACUUCCGGGAAGUCUUCAAGAAGAACAUCGAGAGGAGGGUCCGCAGCCUCCCCGAGAUCGAUGGCCUGAGCAAGGAGACGGUGCUGAGCUCCUGGAUCGCCAAGUACGACGCCAUCUACAGGGGGGACGAGGAAGUGCGGCGCCAGCCACCGAGAAUGCACUUUAGCGCCGUGUCGGAGCUGAUCCUCAGCAAGGACCAGCUGUAUGAGAUGUUCCAGCAGAUCCUGGACAUCAAGAAGUUUGAGCACCAGCUGCUCUACAAUGCCUGCCAGCUGGACAACGUGGACGAGCAGGCGGCUCAGAUACGGCGGGAGCUGGACGGCAGGCUUCAGAUGGCUGAGCGCAUCGCCAGGGAAAGGAAGUAUCCCAAGUUCAUCUCCAAGGACAUGGAGGUGAUGUAUGUAGAGGAGCUGAGGUCCUCUGUGAACCUGCUCAUGGCUAAUCUGGAGAGCCUCCCGGUGUCCAAAGGAGGGCCUGACUUCAAGCAGAAGCUGAAGCGCUCUCAGAUGAACUCCUCCUUCCUGGACAUGAGCGAUGAGAACGACAUGCUGCUCUCUAAGUCCGAUGUGGUCCUCUCCUUCACACUGGAGGUUGUGAUUAUGGAGGUGCAGGGGCUGAAGUCAGUGGCCCCAAACAGGAUUGUGUACUGCACCAUGGAGGUGGAGGGGGGAGAGAAGCUGCAGACAGACCAGGCCGAGGCCUCCAGACCACAGUGGGGCACCCAGGGAGACUUCACCACGACACACCCCCUCCCAGUCGUCAAGGUGAAGCUGUUCACCGAGAGCACUGGAGUCCUGGCUUUGGAGGACAAGGAGCUGGGCAGGGUGGUGCUGAACCCCACAACUAAUGGCCCAAAAGGGGCAGAGCUUCACAAGAUGGUGGUUCCCAAGAACAGCCAGGAUGCGGACCUGAAGAUCAAACUGGCUGUGCGCAUGGACAAGCCACCGAACAUGAAACACAGCGGGUAUCUUUACGCUUUGGGACAAAGGGUGUGGAAGCGUUGGAAAAGGCGAUAUUUUGUACUUGUCCAGGUCAGCCAGUACACCUUUGCCAUGUGCAGUUAUCGGGAGAAGAAGUCAGAGCCACAUGAACUGAUGCAACUGGAAGGCUACACUGUGGACUACUCUGACCCUCAACCAGGCCUCCAGGGUGGCCGAGUGUUCUUCAGCGCAGUGAAAGAGGGCGACCUGGUGGUGUUCGCCAGCGAUGACGAGCAGGACCGCGUCCUGUGGGUCCAGGCCAUGUACCGGGCCACGGGCCAGUCUUACAAGCCCGUCCCGCCCGCCCAGAACCAGAGGCAGAACUGUAGAGGAGGAAACCCUCAGGCUGACGCCCCCGUCUCGCUGCUCAGCCUGGAGCGGUCUCAGAGACAGGGUGUGGAGGAGCUGAUAUCGGCGGUGCCGUGCCGCUUCGAUCACCACGCUAUGUUCCGCCUGCUGCAGAAACGCACGCUUCAGCACAGGAUGAAUGACUCCUUCUCCUGUCUGGGUUGGUUCAGUCCAGGCCAGGUGUUUGUGCUGGACGAGUACUGUGCCCGCUAUGGCGUCAGGGGCUGCUUUCGGCAUCUGAGCUACCUGAGGGACCUAAUGGAGUACUCGGAGAAGAACGCUCUCAUCGACCCCACCCUCUUGCACUACAGCUACGCCUUCUGCGCCUCUCAUGUCCAUGGCAACAGACCGGAUGGGAUGGGCACAGUCACAGAAGAGGAGAGAGACCAGUUUGAGGACAUUAAAAGGAGUCUUCUAACUCUGCUGGAAAAUCAGAUCGUUCAUUUCAGGUACUGCUUUCCUUUCGGGAGACCGGAGGGGGCCCUCAAAGCUACACUUUCCCUUCUGGAAAGGGUUCUGAUGAAGGACAUCUCUACACCAGUCCCACCGGAGGAGAUGAAGAAGCUAGUGCAAAAAUGCCUGGAGAAAGCAGCUUUGAUCAACUACUCCCAGCUCACUGAAUACGCCCAGAUUGAAGCAAACAGUCAGGCUCCCCCAGAGAAGAGAUUGGAGGACAUGAUGCGUCUUGGGGAGCUGUGCAUCGAGGUUCUGCAACAAAAUGACGAGCACCACUCAGAGGGAAAAGAGGCGUUCUCCUGGUGGCCAGAAAUUAUGGCGGAACACGCCGAGACAUUCCUGUCCCUCUACAGUGUGGACAUGGAUGCUACACUGCAGAUCCAGCCCCAGGACUCAUGGGAUAGCUUCCCGCUCUUCCAGCUGCUCAACAACUUCCUUAGGACUGACCCGUACCUGUGCCACGGGACUUUCCACAAGCACCUGCAGGACCUCUUCAUCCCGCUGGUGGUCCGCUACAUCGAUCUGAUGGAGUCCUCCAUCGCCCAGUCCAUCCACCGCGGCUUCGAGCAGGAGACGUGGCAGCCCGUCAAGACAAUAACUAACAACCUUCCGAAUGUGCCGCUGCCCAAAGUUCCCAGCCUGCCUCUCACCCUCCCACAAAUCCCCAGUUUUUCUGCGCCCUCGUGGAUGGGCCCACUGUGUGACAACACCCUGCAAGGAAUUAAUUUACCUGACAUUUUUAAUGGCUCGGCGACCUCGGAGGACCUCUUCUGGAAGCUGGACGCUCUGCAGGUGUUCAUGAUGGACCUGCACUGGCCAGAGCCGGAGUUCGCCAAACACCUGGAGCAGAGGCUGAAACUCAUGGCCAGCGACAUGGUGGAGGCCUGCGUCAAGAGAACAAAAGCUGCUUUCGAUUCCAAAAUGCAGAAGGCCAGCAAGUCGACGGACUUCCGGGUGUCUCUGUCCGUCUGCACCAUGUUCAACGUGCUGAUGGAUGCCAAGAAGCAGGCCUCCAAACUCUGUGUACUGGACUCCAGCCAGGAGAGUGAUAAGCAGUGGCAACAGUACCACUCUAAAAUCGAUGUCCUGAUCGAAGAGGCCUUUAAGGAAAUGAUUUCCACUCUGGUGUCCAAGUUUGCGGCAGUUUUAGACGGUGUUCUGUCCAAGCUCUCCCGCUACGAUGAAGGGACCCUCUUCUCCUCCCUCCUGUCCUUCACAGCGAAAGCGGCUGCCAAAUAUGUGGAUGUUCCUAAACCCGGUAUGGACCUGGCCGACACGUACAUUACAUUUGUGAGGCAGAACCAGGACAUUCUGAGAGACCGGGUCAACGAUGAGAUGUACACUGAGAAAGUGUUUGAACAAUGGUACACCAGCACCAUGAAGGCUGUGUGCGUUUGGCUGACAGACAGGCUCGACCUGCAGCUCCACAUGUACCAGCUAAAGACACUCAUCAAGAUCGUCAAGAAGACGUAUCGUGACUUCAGGCUGCAGGGGGUACUAGAUGGAACUCUGAACAAUAAGAGCUAUGAGACCGUUUACAACCGACUGACGGUGGAAGAGGCCACGGUAUCAGUGACGGCAGGCGACGGGCUCCAAGGCAUCACCAUGAGAGACAGUGACGAAGAGGAGGGAUAGCGUCACCCACUUGCCAUUCUCUCACACGGUGGAGAAACCGGCGACAUUUAACGAGGAAAAAACAAGUUAAAAACUUAACCCAUUUCCACACGUCACGCACUCUGCUACUAAUACAUCGACAUUUUCACACACUCGAAUAGGCACCUCCCCUGCCUUACUGAGGUAAUCAUGCUUGUACAGUACACCUCGGCGAACACCAGGGGGCACAACACCUGUCUGUUUGAUGUACUUUCCGUCUCAUUAUUGUGGCCAAAAUGUCAGGUGUGUUCAUAUUCUAGCAUUACAGUUCCUGGUAUGAAUUACAGUGACAGUUGGAGCAGAGAAUGGAAAAUACCUAAGGUCCACGCAAAUGGAAAAUUUAGUGGCUUCAAAUUGGAAAUGAGGAUAUGUCAUUAUCCAUGCCUAAGGUGAAGAGGGUUCCUGCCAAAAGUAGAUCUGUAGGCAUCUUUGUGUUUACUGUAUGAACUGUGAAGCUGUCUUUCAAACUUAAAGACCAAAGCACUACGUCUGUUGUAGACCAGGUGUUAGUCGUUUACUGUAUGUUUGAGCUUACGAUUGGUGAAAAAGAUUUACAUGAUAGCUGUGAUUUUAUCUAUGUCCAGUACUCCAGAUUGUGUAUCAUAUUUAAAAAAAAAGAUUAAUGAAAUCUCGCUAUGUUAUGCCAGAACACUUCAAUGAAUUUGUGUCAGUGAAGUUCAGAGCAAAUCACCU